ACUUGGCCGGUUCCGCAUUUCGAGGCUGCGAGGCGGGGGAGGCAGCGAGGCCGGCGCCGCCGUGUGCCCGGGACUGCAGCCGCCGCGGCCCUGCCUGCGCUGCCCGCGAGUGAGGAGCGGCGGGCCCCGCGUCGCCGCCGGACGCGCCUCCGAGUCCUGAGCAGGGCGGGGGCCGGCGGCCCUCCGUCCCCUCCACCGACCGAAGAUGAGCUUCCUCUUCAGCAGCCGUUCUUCUAAAACAUUCAAACCAAAGAAGAAUAUUCCAGAAGGGUCCCAUCAGUAUGAGCUCCUGAAGCAUGCGGAAGCGACUCUAGGAAGUGGGAAUCUGAGACAAGCCGUUAUGUUGCCAGAGGGAGAGGACCUCAAUGAGUGGAUUGCUGUUAACACUGUGGACUUCUUCAACCAGAUCAACAUGUUAUAUGGAACUAUUACGGAAUUCUGCACUGAAGCAAGCUGUCCAGUCAUGUCUGCUGGGCCAAGAUAUGAAUAUCACUGGGCAGAUGGUACUAAUAUUAAAAAGCCAAUCAAAUGUUCUGCACCAAAGUACAUUGACUAUUUGAUGACUUGGGUUCAGGAUCAGCUUGAUGAUGAAACACUUUUUCCUUCUAAGAUUGGUGUCCCAUUUCCCAAAAAUUUUAUGUCUGUGGCAAAGACCAUCCUGAAGCGCCUGUUCAGGGUUUACGCUCAUAUUUAUCACCAGCACUUUGAUUCCGUGAUGCAGCUCCAAGAGGAGGCCCAUCUCAACACCUCCUUCAAGCACUUUAUUUUCUUUGUUCAGGAGUUUAACCUGAUUGAUAGGCGUGAGUUGGCACCUCUUCAGGAAUUAAUUGAGAAGCUUGGAUCAAAAGACAGAUAAAUGGUUCUUACAAACCACAACUACCUUCUUGCUUCAUCUACUGCUAGAGCUGUCUCCAUGCUAUCUGUUAUAGACUAGUGAUACAAACUUUGAGAGAACAGUAUAAAAAGUUUCUUGUUAUCUGUAUGUCUACAGAUAAAAUUGUCCCAAAGGCAGGUUUGCCUUACAGCUUCAGAGUGCUACCCUAAGGACACAGCGAAAUCUGAGGUACCUUCUGAUGACCUUUAUGUUCCUGUCGCAGAGUCAUAUUUGGUUGUAAUUUGUGGUGACUGACCUGUAGUUUAUUGGUUUACUUACUACUUCAUUCAGGAAAAUGAUUGAGUCUUAUUUCAGGUGAUAGCAUAGUAGAUACCAGUAAUUUAUUAGUAAGUUCCCAAAACAAAUUUUAUAAUAGCACAAUCAGAUUGAUUUUAACAUGCUUUUAGUUUUUUUAAUAGAUAUUUUUUAAGUUUUUUUUUUUUUUAAGAUCUAGAACAUUUGCAUCACUUUCAAUAAUCCUUUAGUUUUAAGUCUGUACUAGUAUUUUUGUAGAUAAGGCUAUAUAUGUAUAUUUCAAAAUCCAUGAUUAUGGUUUAAAUCAUCAUAUGGCAAAUAUGAAAUGAGAGUAAUCAGAAUUAUUUUAAAGUGACUUUAUUUUUAAUUUUUUAUUUGGGAUUUUAUUCAUAUCUCUGUAAAUUAUUAGUAGUGUGUUUCAAUUUUUUACUGCUUCUAAUGGUAGCCCUGGAGGUUUUAUUUUGAAAUGUUUCGCUCAGAUUAAUGUGUAGCUUUUGUCUGAGAAAAAGAACUUCCAGAAAAUUAUGGCAAGCUUAGAUGUCUCAAAGCUAUUAUUUUCAUUCACAUUUUUUAGAAACCUUGUAAUGCUAGGUAAGAGAAUAGACAUACUCAGUGCUUGAUGGCCUCGUUUCCUUUUUUUUCUUUAUUCUUUGUUUUUAUUGUGACAGCUAAGAAUAAUGGAGAAAUGCACGAACUUUAUCCCAAUAUGAUUUAAGGAAAGCCACAAUGAAAAACUUUGAAAAUGUGCACAUUUUAUAAGAGCUAGUGUGCAGCUUUGUGUGUGUGUGUGUGUGUGUGUGUGUAAGAGAGAAAUCUAAAGGAAACAAAAUGGGAGGAAUAGCUAAAAGAAAAAUCACAUUGAGUCUUGUUGUUAGUGUUCACAGGUGGAUUGAGCCUCCAUGGGGAGUUUAUUUAGGUUCAAUGGCUUUUGAACUCAAAAUUCUUAAUUUCUAUUGGAUAAAAGAAUCUUCCCCUUUAGUGAAGAAAACCUUUCUUUCCCGUUGGUCCCCAGGAUUUAGUCACCUGUAGCUGACCACUUAAUAUAUAAUGGGGAGUAGGGAGAAUGCUAGAAGGCCGCCUGGUCCACAGAGCUUCCCAGACACACACUGUGUGUCCAAGUUGUGAUUCUUACUAAAAGGUACCUCCCUUGUAUGUUUGAUAAGGGGUGGAUUUAAGUGUUUAUUAUUUACAAGAAUAUAAAGAAUUGCUUAGAAAUAUCCCUUAUAAUUGGGUUUUAAUGAAUUCUGAAAUACAUACAGAAUUUUUUCAUUCAUCUGAUUAAGCUGGAGCCAUACAGUAUUUGAGGAGUUAAAAUAGUAGGGUAGUCACUUAGGGAUAAAAAGAGCAAAACCCCCGUGAAGCAUUGAGGCUUACUGGCAGCCCAAGAGCUCAGCCAGUCAGUUGGUGCUCACCACUGGCAGCCAUGGAAGCGGGUGUCUAGGAUGCAGCUGCUGGCGACUGUAAACUGUGGCUUGAGUUUGCUUAUGUCUGCAAGGAAUGUGUGACGGUGUUUCUCACCUGGAGUUGUGCUUUCAUUUCUGUGUCCUCAAACAAAAGCGUUCUCACUUUUCUCCAUUUUACUUUCAGUGAUAGCUAUCCUCCCACUGGUCUUGACUAGCCCCAAAGAGCCCAAGUUGGUCCUCCUCGUUCUGGGAGAGUAACAAAGAUGGCUUAUUAAUGAGACAGAAGUCAAAACUUCGUGGUAAUUGGAGAUUCAGGAUAUCCUUUUUUCCCCUAGUAGAAGCAUUUCAGAUUCCUAAAGCCAGUGUGGCGUAACCAGCAGCGCAACUGUUACUGUUUACAUUAUUUGUUUACUUCCAA